UCCAGAAAGGCGUACCUAGGUAGGUACCUAGGUAGUUGAAGGCUGAAGCACCCGGCCAGGUAGGUAUACGGGAAACACACAAAAAUGUAAUUGGUACCUACUAGGUACCCACAGAUGCUCCAAGCUGUGUAGGUAUUCAGCUUGGAGUAAGGCGUCAAUCCUGUUUGUGAAGAAAGAAGAUUCUUCUCUUGACCCAGGGCCAUGGAAGUAGGUAUUUGAUGUCAAAUUUACGUUCUUACAACGAAGGCACAAGAAAUCUGGAUCAAACAGAGCCUGCUGACGUGACUUGUAAGGGAGCUCCGAUAAGGACGAUCUGACCGCUGCAGGGACCAUCUCCCUCGCACCAUGGCUCUGCGCGCCGCCCUCGCUGUGUGCCUCCUGGCCGUUGUGCUGCCCCCCGCGCUGGCCCAGCUGGGGACCACCAACGUCACCUCCGCCAAUGGCCUGGGCCUCACUCCCACCAUCGGGCAGUACUUGGACAACCCAGGCUGCAAUGCGCAGUCCGGCGGCUGCAUCUGGCCCACCGACCUGGCAGAGUUCUCGUCGGGUGCUCUGUUUGACAUCCGCGUGGAGGUGCACAGCGCCAUGAACGGCAGCACGGCCCACACCGUGACCAUUCAGAAUGGGGCGGCGGGCACCCCCCAGAGCCUGGACUCCUACUUUGGUGUAACCAACACCAGCUCCAGCCCCUACACCUACACCUAUGUGUCCGACUACUCAGGCGCCACCGUCAGGAACAACUCGGUGGGUGAGUACUGGCGCAACGUGACGAUCACCGACCCUGGCACGUACACGGUCACCCUCACCACUGCCGGCGGGCAGGUGACCAAGGUGUCCUGGACCAUCCGCCCCGUCACUACCCGCAAAGCCACCAACGUCAUCCUGUUCAUUGCGGAUGGCAUGACGGUCCCUAUGAUCACGGCAGCCAGGCUGGUUAGCCGCGGACAGGCUGCGGGCAAGUUCCGUCGUCCCAUGUACAUGGACACCAUGCCGUACGUGGGCCUGGCGCACACCAGCGGAUACGAUGCCAUCAUCACGGACUCUGCCAACUCUGCAACGGCCUACAACACUGGGCACAAGUCUGCGGUGAACGCGCUGAACGUGUAUGCUGACACCACCUCCAACAACCUGGGGCACGCCAAGAUCGAGACCAUUGGGGAGCAGGCCAAGCGUCGCCGCGGGAUGGCGGUUGGUGUCGUUUCCACCGCUGAGAUCCAGGAUGCCACCCCUGCCGCCGUCUUCGCUCACACGCGGCGCCGUGACGACAAGAACUUCAUCACGGACCAGAUGUUCUUCGGGACCAACGUCAGCAACGGCGCCUUCAGCGUGGUGUCCGGCAAGGGCCUCAACAUGGAGGUCAUCAUGGGCGGCGGCGGCGCCUACUUCCACGCGCCCAAGUCGCUCAAUUCACAGGACUACUACGGCGUUGCCGCGGGGCAGGGCUACAGCGUUGCGCUCAACAAGACGGCCAUGUAUGCGGCCGCCGCCGGGGGCGCCUCCAAGGUGCUGGGCAUCUUCCACGAGGGCAACAUGGACAAGUGGCUGGACCGCAACGUGUACCCCCAGAACAUCGCUGCCCAGAAGGAGUACCCCGAUGGGUCCGGCCGCGCAGCCACGGACCAGCCCGGCCUGGUGGACAUGGUGAAUGUGUCGCUGUCGGUCCUCUCCAAGAACCCCAACGGCUUCUACCUCAUGGUUGAGGCUGCCUCCGUUGACAAGAUGGCGCACGCCCUCGACUGGGAGCGCAUGCUCGGCGAGCUGAUUGAGUUCGACGAGGCUGUUGGGUACGCUCUGGCCUGGAACGCGGCGCGCGGCAACGACACGCUCAUCAUCGCCACCGCGGACCACGGGCACGCCUACGACGUGUGGGGUACCGUUGACACUCAGGUUUUCAACGCCGCGGUGACGGCCAACGCAAGCGAUGCGGAGAAGCGCAAGGCCAUCGGCGUGUACCAGGCGGCGGGGUACCCGGGAUACACCAACGAGGAUGUGGACAACUUCCCCGACACGUGGGCCCCUCGCUACACCCUGGCUCAGGGAGUGGCGGACUUCCCCCCUUUCAACGAGAACUUCCAGGUCAAGAUGUCUGGCGUGCGCACGCCGGCAGUGCCGGCCGGCGGCUCCAACUUUUCGACCUUCAACGCGUCGCGGCCCCAGACGUACUACGUGGCCAACCCCAAGGACUCCGUUGGCGGCAUCACGCAGAACGGCAACCUGGACCCCGCCCAGAGCCAGGGCGUGCACACCCUCACCGACGUCCCCGUCUUUGCCCAGGGCCCGGGCUCGAUCGCAUUGGCUAGAGUGCAGGACAACACUCGCGUCUACUUCGCGAUGCACGACGCGCUGGGCCUCUCGUCCUCGGACUCCACCGUGACGCCCGACACCAUGAGCACCAUGUGCGCCCAGGUGCGCGGCUUCUAGGCGCAGAGGCGCUGCGGGUUCCGGAGCAGAGCCACGGCAGACUGCCUGUGCACGUGCAAUUAAGCCGCAGUCUGCUAAGAUAUGGGACUCGGAAACAACCAAAUUUGUAGUUAGUUGGAAGUUUAAUGGUGCGGUAGUGAUACGAGAACUGAAGUCAAGGUACUCGUUGGUCAUGUCGUCAUGGUCGAUGUCACGGGUCGUUUACGGUUUGACACCUCUUGGUAAGUGGAGCAAUAUUUUUGAUGAUAGUUAUACAGGAUUUGAAGCCUGCACGUGUGUGGACGCUAAUUGAAGCGAUUCCACCAACUGAAUUUUCGAAACGCCGAAGUUUGGUGAUAGCCUACCUUCCUGAGUCAAACUUGAACGCACGUCCUGAAUUGACGCUGUGGUGUGAGAGAGUGGAUGCUGGAAAAGACGGAAAACAUUUGGUUUUAAAUUCGAACAACACUUUUGUUCAUGUAUCC